AUGUCAAACAAUCCAAAAACAUUGGCUGAUAAGGCUAAAGAUGGAGUUGAUCAUGCUGCUAAUAAAGUAAAAGAAGGUGUUCAAACAAUACAAGGAAAAAUGGAAGGAAAAGAAGCUGAGAAAAAUCAUCAACAAGCAAAAGAUGCUUCUACUGUUGAUGGAGCAAUUUCUCAUGCAGUCGACGGACUCAAACAUGAUUCAAAAAAAGCCAGUUGUGAUGCUCAAGCAGAAGCGUACAAACAAUUUGAAAAUGAUAUUGAUUUUAUUAAUUAUGACUGUAAUUUGAACAUAAUAGAACCAGAUGGUAGUCAUCUUAAUGUACUCGAAACAAAAUAA